AUGUCGACUACACCCACUAUCCCCUCUCGCCAUCGCCGCGAAACGUUACCUCCCGUUUUGGUGGUUGCGCUUUUCAGGUACAUACGGCGACACAAAGACGAUUCAUUCAAGAGAAUGUGCGCAACUCCACCAUUCUUCCCUCCCCCCUCACGAGUCGCGCGGGUCAGAGGUUUCAGGAAGGGUACGGCCCGGUUCCGAGCCAUCCGUCAUUUCCCACGUCUGAUCUCCGUGAUCCAAUUAAUCGCCUUUUGUCGCGGAAGAAACGUCAUUUUGGCAAAACUUUUACUGUUUUGGGCAUACUUUCAAAACUAGAUUGUUGCGGGCACACUUUUAAAAUUUUGAGUUUCAAUCAUACUGCGUGAAAGUUUUCAUUUAAAUUGUUUUCAUCAACUUUUCCAUACUUUUUUUGAUUUUAUUGUUUUAGCCAGACCGGAGAUGAUCGGGGCUUUGGCGCCGUACCUCGGGCGCAUCCGUCGCUCCUACCAGUCCAACGACAUCAUUGACCGGCUCAACUAUCAGUACACGGCCGUCAUGAUCAUGCUGGCCGCCUUCACAUUGACGGCGACACAAUACGUCGGGAAACCUAUUCAGUGCUGGGUCCCUCCUGAGUUCACCGGAGCGUGGGAAAAGUAAGGUUCGAAUAUAUUGUAAUAGGCCGUUCGAAGACAUUUAUGACGCAACACUUUGAUGACUUUGCAGUAUUCAAAUUGUUUUACUCGUAUGAGAUAUUCCUUAUGUCAACACAAAGGAUUUAAAUGUUUUUAUUUGUAAAGUUAAGCCUUUGUGUUGUCAAACCAUUUUAAGAUGUCGUUGACGGCUAAUUGGAUUAUCCUAUUAAUUCAUUAGAGUUGAGUUUUUGUUUUAUUCCUCUGCGCAACUUCUUUUCGUACAUCAUUCUUCAGAUAUUGUUAUCCAAUAUACUUGUAUCUUCAGAUAUGCUGAAACGUAUUGUUUUGCCAAAGGGACCUAUUUCUUGCCCGUCUACGAGAGCAUCGACGCCGUGCCAGACGCAGACAAGAAGGUGAUAGGAUAUUAUCAAUGGGUGCCAUUGAUUCUGGGUCUCCAGGCCUUCCUCUUCUACUUCCCUUCCUUCGUUUGGAAGGCCCUCAACUUCAACACAGGUAGGUGACAGUGCCUUUCGAAGCGCUUAUCUCGGUGUGCAUCAGUAACUGCGUGACCUUGCAGGUAUUAAUGUGAAGAGUGUUUUGAACAGUGCAGCCUUGGUCAAGAAGAAGUUCGAUAAGGGAACCAGGAAUGUGCAGGUGCAGAAGGCAACACUGCAUUUGAUCGAAGCCCUGGAGAUGCAGAGAGAUCUCAAAACUUGUAAGCAUCAUUUAAAACUUGAUAAGAUCAAGCAUUACAUAGAAAAAUAAAAAAAAUUAUGAGACAAAAUGGGUUUUUACCACAAUAAGUCAUGAAAUUCACAGUAAAACAUACGGUAAUCAUAAAAUAAUCUGGUUUCAGCCACCUUCUUCUUAUCAACUUUCGGAAAACGGAAUGGACUUUAUCUCUCCGUACUGUACUUGUUCACAAAGUUACUGUACGUAGUUAAUAUUGUCGCUCAACUUUUGAUGUUGAACCAGUUUCUGGGUCCGUCGUACACUUUCUGGGGCUACGGAGUUCUGACAGAUGUAAUGAGUGGCAGGGAAUGGAGUGAAUCUGGCCAUUUCCCUCGCGUCACGCUUUGCGACUUCAACGUACGUGGUUUUACAUAAUUUCUCAGUGAUCUUAUUUUAUAAGGGUCAUAUGGUUUCAAAAGUUUCUGGAAUAUCAGGCUAUAAAACAAUGAUAAUAUUAAGAUUUUUGAAAUUUAGGUCCGCGUCCUCGGCAAUAUUCAUCGAUGGACCGUUCAAUGCGUGUUGAUGAUCAACAUGUUCAACGAGAAGAUCUUCGUCUUUAUGUGGUUCUGGUUCAUCUUUGUUGGUGUUCUGUCGGUUCUCAGCUUCUUCUACUGGUUCUUCGCCAUUACUCUGAGGAGUCAACGCCGCUCGUUCAUCACCAAGUACCUUCGCUGCACUAGUGCCAUCGGACAGUAUCCCUCGAGGACAGAACAGAGUCUAGUCAACGAUCUGACCAUCAAGUUCUUGAGAUCGGAUGGAGUCUUCCUCCUCCGCCUGAUUCAGGUAAGUAAAUCAAGAUUUAAUGUCAUGUUUAGUCAUCAAAAUGAUAUAAUAAUGAAGAAAAACGCCAGUUUAAUUACAUUAAACGUUUAAAAAACGAUAAAAUUUGUUUUUAGACAAACGGUGGUGACCUUCUAACGGGUGAAAUAGUAUCAGCAUUAUACCAGCACUACCAGGACAAGCAGACAGUUAAAGGAUCGGCCAGUCCAGACUCAUCUCAGAUCUGA